UUUUAAUCCUUUUAUCAUGUCAACAAUUUACAAUUUUUGAAAAUAAUUUUUGUAACCAUUCGGUUCUGGAUUGGAGGUCGCCGCCAAUUUCGGCGCGACUUUGCAAUCGAGGUGAUGUUCGGUCGACGACGUUGCGAUUGGGAGGGACAGGGCCUGCCAUCUCUGGGUGAACACAUUGCACAAUUAUGCUAAUCUCUUUGUUUCACACAGGAGACCGUUUUUGAGUGAUGUGCUCACGUGACGAGAGGCAUGUAUCCUUCUCGCAUCUGGUUGCCAUUGUAACGAUCGAACUCACUUCCUUUCGUAUCUGUUAUAAGGUUAUAAUAUAAUUAUUAUUAAAAUCGCGACGGCGAAUUUCAUUAUCUUUGUACCAUUAUUAUUCAUUAUUUGUUUUUCUCACUUGUUAAGUUUGCUGAUUUUUAUUGCAUUGUUAAAUUACAUUUUGUUACAUCCAAAUUCUUUACAUCCGCGUCCUGCCGUCUCAAACACAUUGUCUAGUAAACUAAUUCCUCUAACAUCUCAAAAAAAAUUUAGACUGCUUGACCCAAAUAUAAAAAUGUUUAAAAGGUGUACAUCCACUGUAUGUAUAGCAUGUACCAAGUUUCAAGAGGAAGUCUAGAAAACUAAUGCUAGCUGCAAAGCAAGAACUCUCACGAAUUUUUUUUCUCGGCUGGGCUAACUCUACUAGCUGCUCGAAAAUCACCUGCACGUUCAGUUUUGAUAAUGCUUUUUAUGACAAACUCACCCUUUCCAAUUAAUCUACAAACUUUAUCCAAUAAGCUAUGCUAGGGACAGUACACUUCCUAAACGUCGCGUGUACGCGUUCCGUGUGUGUGUGUGUGUGUGUGUGUUUCGGGUGUCGUCGCUAUCACACGACCUCGAUCGCGACGAUUCGGUUGAGCGGGUGGGCCCCGCAGGGCCGAGGGCGUAAGACCCCCACCCUGGGCGCAGUAACGAGCGAAACGCAAACUGCUUGCAGCAAUGAAUACCUGUUCCCUAACAAGCCAUUUUAUGAAGCGGCUUAUUGGAUGAUAAAAAUCAAAACUCGAAUCGUAACAAUCGAAUAAUUAGAAUCAGUUGGCGGCACCCGUUAAAGUCUUGUUGAAUUUUUAAAACCGUCAUAAUAAAAAUGCCUUAUAAUUUUUAAUCAAUCUAUAGACAUUAAACUUAUCAAUUUAUUACUUAUUACUUAUAUUUAUGAUCUUAAUUCUCAAACACUGAAAAUGCCAUUGAUGUGUAGAUCGUAUGUAAAAGAAAUUCAUAUACGUAGUGCAUAUAGUUAUAGUUUUUAUAUGAAUUGAUUGUUUAGAAGUUAUAACAAUUAUGUAAUGUGUUAGAUGAAAUAUAAUUCGCACAUAAUUUUUCAAUUUGAGAGGUUGGCAUGAGUGAAUGUGAGUGUGAGUCAGCGGAAUUUGGUUGAAUGCAGUGUCAAGAGUGCACAACAGUUUUAUAAAGUGCAAAAACGUUGUUAGUAGAACUAGCGUUAAAGGCAGAAUAUCGGGAUGUCGACGCCUCUAGAAACUUCGCGAGAAGAAUCUCCGGCACAGAAAUGGACAGGAAAGGUUUUCGAAGGCAUAAAAGCCGGCUCAAAGAUGCAAACACGAUUCCAGAUACUCGACAAUAAAAAAUUAAGCAAAGAAACAGUUGCGGGUAUUCAAGAUAUGAAUUUGGGAAAAAUAAAAAAUGGACGGCCUAGUGGUAAAGCAACAAUACGGUUCGACUGUGGAAAAAAUACAGGAAGUAAACCCCAUAUUAAUAUCGACCCAAAAGGCUAUCCUAGUGGUAAGAAUCCGCAUAUCGAGGUCUCUGAAACGAUAAUUAAAGGAGCGGAAUAUAUGAACAAAUCAUUGAAGUACGCAGGUGUUGUAUUAACUGUAGCCUCCGUGGCUGUAGAGAUUUGGCGAAUUGGUUCUGCGAUUAAAGAUGAUAAAUUCGUAUGCGAGAAUGCGAAGGAGAUAAUUCAAGAAUUGGACGAUGCUAUCAAGAAAUUGAAGGAAACUUGUCUAGCUGAAACUGAUCUGACGAUAAAACAAGAGAUAAUGGACACCAUAUUACAUUUGCAAAAAAUUUUGAGAGACGUAGAGCGAACAAAGAAAGCUCCAGUAAAAACUAUUAGAACGGUCUUUUCAGCGAUUGGCGGAUGGGGUGGUGGUGUAGCGGCAGGCAGUGGAGGUGCAUGGGCAGGAGCAACUACCGGUGCUACAAUCGGCUCUUUGUUCGGUCCAGUUGGUGCAACAGUAGGUGCUCCUAUUGGCGCUGUAAUAGGCGCAAUUGGACUCGGAAUUGGCGGCGGGAUUAUAGGAAGUAAAACUGGAGAAAAUCUUGCGGAAGCUGGAUUAACGAUGUUGGAUAAAUGACAAAUUAUUUUCAAGACAGAAAUUUUCACGCUUUUAUUAUAUUUUAGAUUUAAACAGAGGUUGUGGUAGCUUGUGUCUGAUGUAGGUUAGGUCUAGGCGGGCCCGAGAUAGAGAUUUGGUACAGUUUUGUAUUUUGUACGUAAGAAAGAAAAGAGAGUCGUAUAGCAUAGUAUAGUGGGUUCUUAUUGAAAGCUAUGGACUAUAAAUGGGGGUCCCUUAACCACUUAACUGCGUCGAUCUAUUUUUAAGAUCAAUUUUGUAUGCGUUUUAUCGAUCAUACUGGGUGCAGUUUCUUUUGGCAAAUUGACCUAGAAUUAUUCUAAAAUGUGCGAAAUUUAUGAACAUGUUUCACAAGCAUUUUAAUCUAAAUCGUAGAAGUAUUUUUGUUGUAAGAUGUAAAAUUGCCACUUCCUUAUGAUAUGUGUACACGUCGUCCACAGCUAAGAGGUUAAGACACUUUGUAUGUAAAUAAAUUCCUCCUUUAUGUUUAGAAUUA